AAGGCGUUUAGCGGCACGCGCGGAUUCGCUGGUUUUCUGAGGGUGUGAGUGGGUCGUUUGUAGCUCGGCAGAGUGGGCGGCAGCAAAGAGCGAGUGGGGGCGGUAGGGCAUGCCGCUACGAGUCUGCCGAGUAGUCCACACGUGACUAUUGAUCAUUACACGCUGGUUUGCGCGUCGGUUCAAAGCGGACAGCAGGAGAUGCACUCGUUUGUGAAUUACGGUCCCUGCGCGACUUUCCAGGAGUCGUGCCAGGAGAUGAGCCCGAGCUCGUGGUUCGGCCAAGGGAGCUCCGGACUGGCUCCUUCGCCGGCGGCCUACCGGGGACUGUACGCACUCACGGUACGCUGGCAGCAGCCGCUGCCCAGAGGAGACCACCAACGGAAGUCCCACUCGCCCUGCCUGCAGGAGCCCAGCCUGCUUCCCAGAGACCCCCGCCAGUGGAGCCGCGAGCACGUGGCAGUGUGGCUCGUGCACGUGAUGGCCCAGCACCAGCUCCCGGCCGUGUCUCCCGACCGGUUCCUGAUGAACGGCAAGGCGCUCUGCCUGAUGAACAUGGAGAUGUUCGUGCAGAGGGUGCCGCUAGGCGGGAAGCUGCUCUACAAGGACUUCCAGCUCAGGCUCAGCAAUGUCCUCUACAACUGAGAGCGGUCACGUGCCAUCCGCCGGGACAUCGCCACUACUUGCGCCGGAUUCCUAGUCAGACAGUGUAUGACGGUUAUACAGUGCUGUGCACUAUCUCCUCCGAUGGUCAACGUUUCACCCGGGCCGUUCUACGAAAACGAAGUUGUCCUAGCAGAGAGUGCUCAAGUCGUCGGUUAGUGGUCCUCUAUAGAUUGCGCGAAGCACUUGGAUCUAAACAGAGUCCCAAAUCACGCUGCUAUAGUACGUCAUAGAAAAGACGGUCUGCAGACACUAGGGAGUUUUAGGGAACCGUUUUUCCAUACCCGAUAUGGUACAAUGGGCCCUCCGGUACAAACUGCGCGUAUGCAAGUCUUCUGCGGCAGCGCAAGCGCAGUUCGUACCGGAGGGCCAAUCGUACCAUAUCGUAUGUGCAAAAACGGUUCCUUCAUACUCUCUACCGUCUGAGGUGUAUUUAUUCCUCGAAUGAUGGUCCCGUCACGUCGGCCAUAAAAAGUCUGUCUGCGGACAUGUUAAAAAAAUACAAGCAUAUUAAGCAAACGUGCGUCGAGCGUGCUUGUGGUGUUUUCGAAAAUAAUUCUGUCGUCAUGUCUGAAGCGAAUAUUGUGCAUUUUGUACGAUGGAUUGAGCAGUGCGAUAGCGGCUGAAAAGGCUCCAAAUAACUACGGCGAGAGAACACUCGAAAAUUACCGUGGUCUCUCAAGAAUGCUUCGCCCAUCAUAGACACUGCGUCGGCGAUGUGCUGUAUGGCAACAUGCUGAGACGAGACUGUUGUUUGCGCUUUGCAGAUGACCGAGAUCCCUCGUUUCGUCUCAGUCUCUUUCUGAUCGUAGGAGGUGGUUUGUGCAUGUCAUUGAAUAGACCCCUUCAAAAAUUGCCUCCUCUUACAGUCGACAUGAAAAUACUGCAAAGUAGAAUGCGCAAAGCAAAAACAACAUAAAUAUGGCAGGUCUCUUGGAAGUGAGUGUUAUAUCAGUUACAAACUUGUGCCAGCCCGUUAGUGUUGUUUGUUUUUCUUUUUUUUUCUUUUUUGCGCAUGCCAUUUUUGCAGAAUUUUCAGAUUGAUUGUAAGAGGGCGUAAAUUUGUAAAGGUGUCUAUAGAACUUUUAAAGAAAUAAAGGCUCCUGGCCGGUUCUAUUUUUAGUGUUCUUGCGUAGGGGGCGUGGUUUGCUUGUUUUGCGAAGCGACGAACAUGCGCGUGAGGACUUGUAAAUAUUGGAAUGGUGUUUAAGAGGGAAGGAAAACUUGCUGGAGUUUUUGUUCGAUUCGAGGUGUAUGGACUCUGGCAUCUGAAGAUUGCCUAGAUGCUUGUAAUGUGCGUAGUUAUGACAGAAAUCUACGCGCAAGCGCGUGAGAAACUGCGGAUGAAAAUCCCGACACUUGCACAAUGGCCGACGUCCCGCCUAUGGGGGUGCACUAUCAUUCCGUCAUUUAUUUUUGAUGAUAGAUACUUCCCCCGUCAUUUCUGUUUAAUCAACCCGCACACCAACAACUGUACAUGAUGUAAAAUUCAUUUAAGUUUUUAUGUAUAUAUGAAUAGAAAGAGAAAUAAGUAAUUACUGUCUUGGCUUCAGCGCAGUUUGUUUACCUUCUUUCACCUUAUCGUCUGUCAGAACGUAAAUUUUUAUAUACCACUAUUCUUGCACUUGUGUUCUCAUGACCCUUGUGAAUUGCACUCCAUAAACACCUGAAGCGUCGGUGGUCAUCUUUAUUACUGGGAGGGAGCUGUCUUUUGUCCGUGCGUACAGGGCAAUGUACGGGCAGCUCAAGUUUGUUUCUUGUAUCAUUUCAUGUUAUUUAUUCAUCAACGAGCGUCUUUAUUAUGUAAUUAAAUAGUUUUCAAACAAA